AUACUGUUGAUGUUAUUUGAGAUGUUUUCCCUCUCCCAUGUGGUGGGGUUUCAUUUCACCACAUCCUUAGAUAAGCCAAUGGGGAAGAAAAUCCAGUUGCUAUAUAUAGUUUUGAUAUUGUUUGGGUUACACGCUUAUCCAAGUAGUUUGCACCUCUUUAUAAAUGUCUCUUUUUGCAUGCAUCCUAGGUGUGGCUAAUUAGAGAAUCUUAAUAUAUAAAGAGAAUUUGAAUUACAAAUUUAAUUUUUGUAUAUAAUUGAGUAUAAUUAAUAAUUAGAUUGGAAUGCUAUGUUUGUCACCAUAGGUAUGUCUCUUUUUGUAUUCAUCAUUAGGUGUAUGUAUGCUAACGUCUUUUAUUUUUAUCGUUUUUUUUUUUUUAAUUUCCUCUUGCUACACUGUAUUGUUAAUCUUGGAAAAAUGUUAUUACUAAUGUUCAUAGCAAGUUAUAUAAUACUGGAAAAAAGGGUGUAUUCUUGCCCAGUGUUGUAAUUAAGCCAUGAUUCCUCAGACAAUAGCUCAUUUUGCCAUGGUGCUAAUUUUGGAAAGUGAUAAACAAAACCUAGUUGCCCAAUUCUUUUGUAGCAAUCAAAAGAAGAAUACAUAAAACUUUAUGAAAGGACUAAUCAUGAAAAUAAAGAAUAGAUUACAUUCCUCAUGUUGUGAUUCCAUUGUUUUCUGACGUAAUGAUUGGCCUUGAAUGGUUAAUUUUGGUUUUGUUGUUGGAUUUGUGACAAGAUCUUUGAACAUACCUGACCUUAGGGACCGAUAUAUGGGGGGCUUAAGCGGAAGGGCCCUUUCAUUGGAGAAUAUGGACAGGAAAAUCUCAGAGGAUGGGAACACUACUCAGAUUGACGACUUGCCAGACGGUAUUCUUAGUCACAUUGUCACAUUUUUGUCCAUACAGGAAGCUGUGAAGACGAGCGUUCUCUCCAGUAGAUGGAAACAGGUGUGGACUGCUACUGAGAACCUCUUCUUUUGUGAAUACGAGUUGUGUGGAAAGCAGAGGGGUUAUAAACAAAGAAAGAGAAUGGUGGGUAUCAUUGACCAUGUCUUGAAGUUCCAUAUCAAUCGAGUUGAAAGAUUUUUACUUGAUUUUGACCCCCGUGGAUUCGAGUCCCAUGUUGAUGAAUGGGUUUCUUUCCUAACAAAGAGUGGUGUACAAGAAAUCAGUAUCAAUUUCCGUAGGGAAGUUGAAGGAGUCUAUUUAGGAGGACAUGACUAUGAGUUGCCAUCUCGGUUCUUUGAUUGUAUAUCUCUGAGGCUAUUGAUGCUAAAAAAUUGCAUCAUGAAUGUUCCUUUGGACUUCAAGGGCUUUAACUCUUUGAGGACUCUAUUUCUAUCUGAUGUAUAUAUCAAUGGUGACCAACUUUCAACUUUGGUUUCCAAAUGUAAAGUCCUCCAAGGUUUGGCCUUAUUAUACUGCAGGGAUACAGAGAGUUUUAGGAUGUCUGGUCCUCAUAGCCAGCUUAAGAACGUAAUGAUAUGUUGCUGCCUCAUGUCUUUAGGAGACAUUGAGAUUGACGCUCCCAGUUUGUUGCAUUUCUGUUUUAUGGGUUGUAUAUUUGGUUCCCCUGUUUUGAGUGUUCCGCGACUGUUGGAUGCUACCAUUAUCUCAUGUAUAGAGAAGAGACCGCCUACCAUUCAAGAAAAUCCUUUCCACAAGGUGGCUAGGAGUCUGAGUAAGCUGGCUCAUGUCGAGUCAUUGACUCUAGCCGGAUAUUUUGUGAAGACUUUGGCUGAUGCUGAAGUGUGGAAUGCUCUGCCUACAAGCUUCCCAAACAUCAAGGAAUUGGAUGUGGGUGUGAAUUUGACAAAAUCAUCGGAGACUCGGAUAAUUUAUCACUUCCUGGAGAGCUGCAAUAACUUGGAAAAAAUUGUUCUUUCAUUGAACCAGGAUGAUAAGGAACUUUUAGCUUCACAAUAUUGGGACUUACGGAAGCCGACAUAUUGUAUGGCCAAUCACCUUAAAACUGUAACAGUAACAAACUUAGAAGGAUUGGUAGGCGAGAUACGCUUUGUGACAUUUUUACUUAGGCAUACGAGGAAGCUUGAGAACAUUACUCUUAGUUUCUAUGAGAACUUGCGUUCAACUGUGAGGGCGAAAACAGCUAUGGAUGUGUUGACAAAUGUAAAGAAAGUUUCUACUGAUGCUGAAAUGUGUAUCAAGUUCGAAGAUGUGGAUGCAGAUGACUAAUUAGAUUCUGACUUUGAACUUAGAACUAGCUGACACCGAAUAUCGCUACAACAUCAACUAUGACUCUGAACAUUGCAGUCUAGUAUGACUGACAAAUUUAGGCUAGAAUAUUCUUUUUGUGAGCAAGUAAUCGUACAGUUCUCUUUUGAUGAAGUUCUAGUUGGAAUUUUGCAGUUCGAAUCUAUGCACGAUGUCCUUUCCUUAUUUGGCAUUAUUAAUCAAAAUUAUGAUCUGUCAGCAGCUUGUAUAAAUAUUUCACCUUCUAUCUCGUAAAGUAAUAUGCACAGUGAUUAGUGUUCUAUGGCA